UUAAUAUCAAUUAUUUAUUUUUCUAUAUCUUAUACAACUCCGAAUGUAAUCAACCGACCCAAAGGCGUGUUGAUAUUGACAUGAUCGAAAGAAGUCUGAUUGUACCGAUUCGGCAUUCGUUACCACUUUUUGUCGUGAAUAAUGCGAUAAUGUGUAAGGUAUGUCUUCUUAAAAGACUAUGUGAAGUAAGGCUCGAAAUUGGCGUUUCUAACAACGUUCUUUUUCGCCGUAACAACGUGUGGUGUUUGGUAAUAUUGUUUAGUAGCUACUGUUGUAGACACUAGCGUAUGUGUCGAAUGCUUUUCCGCUACACUUGCAGUCGAGGCCAGUUUUUUGCAAUUUUUAUAUUUCAGAUCAUGCCUGGUAGAGGAAAGAAACGAUCUAGGGAGUCUGAAGGCAGCACAAACGGAGAAUCAAAGAGACACAAAAUUGGGCACUGUUCCCAUAGAUGUGAAGAAGGUGUGGUACUGGUUUUGGGGGAGGGAGAUGUAGGCCAGCUUGGCCUUGGUGAAGAUGUUUUGGAGCGAAGCAGACCAACCCUUCUGUCAAGCCUGGAUGAAAAAAUCAUUCAAGUUGUGUGUGGUGGAAUGCACACGGUUUGUGUAACUGCCAAAGGGGAGGCUGUGCUGAACAAGGACAGUUGGGAAGAGUGGCCGAAUGUUUUACAAGCAGAGGAGGCAGAAAGGGCUUAAGUUUUAUUUUGACUCCAGCUAAAGUGAAGUGUAGGCGAAGGAAGACAGUUUUCAGUGAUGUAUGGGCUGGCCAGUUUGCAACCUAUGCUCAGGAAUCAAGCACUGGGGAGGUGUUCUCCUGGGGACUCAAUAAUUACUUCCAACUAGGGUUUAGUGACAUGCAGAAUCGCUUUGUACCAGAAAGAGUUGGUUCCUUUUCUGGCAAGAAGUGGCUGAAAUUGGAUGGUGGCCAACAUCAUACAGUUGCCAUGGACACAAAUGGUAAAGUAUAUACACUAGGCAGGUCAGAGUAUGGCCGCCUAGGGCUAGGGGAGAAUGUCAAAACAGAGAAGACAGAACCUACAGUAGUGCCAGGAGUUCCCGAGGACUGCAUGGAUAUAGCGGCUGGUCAAUCAGUUUCUUUUGCUUUGACAAAAUCUGGGGCUGUAUAUGGCUGGGGAAUGGGAACAAGCCAGCAGCUUGGAAUAGGCAAUGAUGAUGAUGAUGCUUGGAUACCUACCAAAAUGGGUGGAAAGCAGCUUGAAAACAGGUCGGUGAUAAUGGUUUCUUCUGGAGGACAACAUACUGUAUUACUUGCAAAGGACAAGCAAACUUCCUGAAUUGACUGGGAACACAGAAAUUAGAAACGCAUGGCUUCCUACCAUCGAUGUGAUGCUGGAUUUGAGUUUAUCCAUAAUUACACAGGCUGAAAUUUGGGAUUUAAAUUUCUCUUGUGUUCAAGCUCAUGAAAGGUGACUCUAUGACCAGAUGACAUUUUAACCAUGUUUUGAUCUGUUUUAUCCUGCUGUUGUAGAAACUUAAGUGAUGAGAAGUAGGCUUUGGAGAAAAUAGUGAUAAGCUGUGAUGACGUAGCUUUAUCAAAUUGAACUGAACCUGACCCCUUGUUUGUGAUGACUUUUGACUGAUUGUUAAUGAAAAGCAAUUUUGCAUGUUAAAUGUCUUGAGUCUAGAAUAUUAUUUACUCUUAAUAACAUGUUUUUGUUUGUCUCAUCUAUUCUAAAUAGUCCUCGCAUUUAUUUGACUCCACCAUGUCUGCACAAAUUAUUUUGAUGUUUUAUUAGGUUUGAAUAGUGAUAUUGUCAAACUGAUGUCUCCUUGUUCUUUGUAUCAAUCUAACAUUGUCAAACUGUCCUGUAACCAUCUAUAUCAUUAUCAAAGUGUCCUUUGUAGUCAAACCGUCCCUUGUUACCCAUCUGUACUGUUCUCAAACUCUCCUUUGUAGCCAUCUGUAUCAUUGUCAAACUCUCCUUUGUAGCCACACGAGACCUUUAAAGUACCAUGGACUGUCUGAAGUGUUGAGUUGUUUUACACUAUGUUGCAACAGUAUCUAUUUCCAUUUUCAAUUGUUAGAACAUUUUCAUAACGAUGCAAUGUGGAUUUUAAUUUAAAUGUCUUAUAAUUUAUAUUGUAACCUGCGAAACAAAUUCAUGACAAAUUUCAAUCAUCAUUAGAGCCCUGUAAAAAGGUGGUCACUCUGGUGUUAUUUUCACUUCUUUUUCUUCUUCUAAAGUCUAGUGAAAAUUUCAGGAAACCUUUUUUUUUUGCUUUAUUUUCUUCAGUUUAUAUCAAUUCCUGAUGUUUCACACAUAGACAAUAUUAUAUUUAGAUGCAGUGUGCAUUGGGAUUUUUCCAAGGCAAGGUGUAUGUAACCUAGCAAAAAAUAAACAUGUAUCAUAUAAAUGUCGGGUACAAGUAGGGGCUCUUAGUAGUCUUGUCUGUAUUUUAGUUGCUCAAAGGAAAUUGGAGCAAUAAUUGUCCGAGUAUGCUGGUAAAAAGACUACCAGUGAAAUUGUUGAUUCUGAAGUCUGGUAUAAAACUACUCCAUCAGAGCUUCAAUGCAUGCAAAAUGUGCAAGAAACUGUUUUAAUAGAGAAUAGAAUACUGGGAAGGACUAUAAUAAUCCUGUAUUAAGCCCAGUCAUUAACAUUUGAACUAUUUGACAGAUGGCAUUUAAUAAAAACAAUAAUAAAAUCAAAUAGUGGAUAUACCACAAAAGAUGAAUGUUGAGAAGUCGUGUUAUUUUAAAUACCAUAUCAAUCAAAAUCAUCUGUAUUUACCGGAGAAUUAACCAAUGGAUGCCUAUUGCAAUUCAUUGUAAAAGCUAUUAACUAAUGCUUUAUCUUUUUCCUGCAUUACUUCAUAACUUGAGAUUUUGUAUUAGUAUUACAGCAAACAAUUAUAUUGCAAAAUGUUAAAUACCAGUAAAGAUUGAAGUAAUGUUCUUUUGAAGUUGAUGGUGUAGGAAUGUCCAUUAAAUAUUUGCCCACUUGACUAAUUAGUCAAUUACUGUGGUAGUUAGGCGACUUGGAAAAGUAAAUAUCAGUUAUACAUGUCUUUCAAGUCAUGAGUUGAAGCAGUAUUUUAUUAGUCAUACAACAGUUUAUUGCAUUCGCUGCUUCACCAAAGGAAAUAUGUCGUUGCAUCAGAGUAUUCACAAUGUGACUAGUUAUAAGUUAGUGUGCCAUUAAGUUCAAGAAGUGUCUGUUAUCACAGCAUAUCUCCUGUUGAGGUAAACACAGCGAUAUUGAGUUUGUAACAGUGAGUCUGUAACAGAAAAUUUGGAGCUUUGCUUAAAUAGAUUUUGAGAUGAGUAGAAGACAAAACAUUUUGCAGACUACACAUGUACUCUGCUUUAGUUUAUUAAGAAAAGAUGGAGCACAUAUUAAUCACAAAUCUCUUGAAAGCAACAAUUCAAUUGAGCUUAAAUAGUUAUAGAACCUGUUCACAGUUGUGUAACAGAUUGUGACAUGUAAGAACAAAAUCCAAAUGGCAAACAUGUAAUAUUAGAGUGAGCUGUUAUUCGUGAGGGCAGUGUCUAUUUAGUGUUUUAUGGUGACCGCUUAAGUGCCAACAAGUGUUCAAAUUUAGCUAUUAGUGGUUUUAACUUAAUGUAAUUUUUGUAUGAAUAAGUACCUUUAUGUAAACAGAACAUGGUUGGAGAGCAUGGCAGAACAUUGUACAUUUCCAUAGCAUUCACCUAUUUGUAUUGUGAGUUUUGUAAUUACUUAAAAAUGACCAAAUGAACAUGUUUAGAUAGUGAUAAUGAGUUGAUCAGCUAUGUAUGUCAAGUUUGUUGAAUGGAAGUUUGAUGCGAGAACUAUUAUAGAUAGGUUAGAUUGUAUGAAUGAUAUAGUACUUGUGUAACAUGUUUGUGAACUGUCAUUGUUGGCAGGUGUUUUUACAUUAAAACCAAACAGUCCAUCAGUAGUUAAUUAUAAAAAGCUGUCUGAAGAAAGCUCAAAUAAUGAACUAAGUGCAGCUGGCAUUGUUUCACGUAGUAACUCUCAGUAAAGUGAAUCUAUUGAUCAUAUCAAUAACAGGUCAUGUUAUUGUAUCAUUGUUUAGGUUGCACAGUUGAAAUUACUAUAUAUACUGGAUGUUACCGACUCUCACUGGGACCGGUUGUAAUCUUCCUCUCAGUAAAUUACCAUAAAACUUAGAUAAUGGUAUCGGCCUUACUAUGAACAGGUCAUGGUAUCGAUGAUGGCAUCGGCCAUACUAUGAACAGGUCAUGGUAUCAUUUUCUAGGUUACACAGUUCAGAUAACAUCAUACAGUUUGGGCAUGAAGUGCAGGUGUUUUAUGGUAGGCGUGAAAGUACAGACUAGAAGUUAUAGGUCUUACAAGUUGUUGCCAGUUAGAUGCAUGAGACAUUAUAUAACUCUGCAAUUUGUUACAUCACGUUUUCUCUCAUUAGAAAAUAAAUUUUCUGAAAGCAACUUCCAAAAAUUUUAACAGGAAGGUUCA